UCCACUAAGAACUUGUAAAAAUAAUUUUUUUAUUAUUUUGAAAUAUAGUUAACAGGUGUCUCUAUUACUGCUUUUCUUGUCUCACCUUGAAAUGGAGAACAAUCUCUCACUGUUGAGGAUCUUGACUUCUUAUUCCGAAGAAUGCUUGGGGUAACAUGGAUUUGACCAACUGUACAAGAGUGGUAGAGUUUAUCCUGGUUGGAUUGCCAAGAGUUUGGGGACUCGAAGGUUUGAUGCAUGCUGGCAUCUUUCUGCUCUACCUCCUGUGUCUGAUGGGCAAUGGGCUCAUCAUUGUGGUGGUAAUUCUGGACCACCAUCUCCAGAAGCCCAUGUAUUUCUUCCUUAGCAACCUGUCUUGCAUUGACAUUGGACAUACCACAGCCUUUAUUCCUAAACUGCUGGUCAAUUAUGUCUCUGCAAACAAUUCCAUCUGCUUCUACUGUUGCAUAACACAACUGUACUUUUACUUCCUCUUUGGGGUCACAGAAUUUUUUAUCAUGACUUUGAUAUCCUUGGACAGGUACCUCGCCAUCUGCUAUCCCCUGAGGUAUGGUACAAUCAUGACUUCUGGGGUCUGCCUUAAACUAGCAAUAGGUGCCUGGUUGGGAGGUUUUUUCUCCAUUCUUUAUCAGAUAGUGAUGAUAGCAGAACUACCCUACUGUACAUUCAAUGUUAUCAACCAUUUCUACUGUGAUGUGGGACCCGUGCUGAAGAUUGCAGGAGGAGAUAUACAAGUCAUUGAAGUGCUUGGCUUUCUAGUUACGGUGGUUGUGAUUAUGUCCUCUUUGCUUUUCACCCUCGUUUCUUACCUCUUCAUCAUUUCCACCAUUCUCCGAAUGCCUUCAACCACCAGACAGCAGAGGGCCUUUUCUACCUGUGCUUCCCACCUGAUUGUAGUCUGCAUUUUGUACGGGUCAGUCUUUUUUGUCUAUUUAAGACCUACCAUCAAGAACUCUUCCUUCAGUAGGUUGAAGUCUGUCUCCAUACUGUACACCAUGGUCGCCCCAGUGUUAAAUCCUUUCAUUUACACCAUUAGGAACAAUGAAGUCAAGGAGGCAGUGAGGAAACUUUUCGAAAGAAAGGCUCUAGGUCUCCCAGAUCUCUUAGCAUAGCCUUUGUUGACAAGUGAUGGAAAACUACUAUAUCAUCCUAUUAGGAGCAUCAAGCUCCGGAGCUUCAGAAUCCAUCUCCACACCAGAUAUUCUUUAACAAGUCUAUCUUAACAAAGAUGGAGAAAAACAGUGGCUAAACUGGUAGGUUACAAAUGUCUAUGGAGAGUCUCAGUCAUCCAAGUCAUGGUUGUCCCUAAGGUGCUUUUUCAAAAGGCAACUGGACUUUCUUUGUUUUUCCUUGAAGAUGUUUCGCUUCUCAUCCAAGAAGCUUCAGUCAGAAGUGAAAUGUCUUCAAAGAAAAACUCCAGUUGCCUCUUGAAAAAGUACCUUCAGUAGAUUACCAAUUUUCUUUUUUUAAUGUACAACUGUGUAAUGAUCAUAGAAUAAAAGGAUUGGUGGGAAGCUCCUGUGAUCUAUUUAUUACUUAGCAUAUGAUGAGAACACAACAAAAGAGAGCUAAACACACAAUCCAUGUAAUUAUAUACAAAGGUUCUGAGGGGGUAUGAGAGGCAAACAUGUACACACAAUCCAUGUAAUUAUAUACAAAAGUUCUAAGGGGGUAUGGGAGUGGCUUCAUAACUUGAUAUCCAAUUCAGCUACCCAGACAAUCACCUGAUGUUGUUUCAUGCAGGUCAUUUAAGGAACCAGAAAACACACAUUGUGGGCAACAUUGCACAAUACAUUUCAUUGUUUGAACUUGUGAUCUAUUAUUGUAAAGCAUAAAACUAACUAUUUUGUUGCAUGGUCAUUAGCCACCAACUUGGAGUCACAGCUUUUGAAUAUAAUUCAUUCUUGAUUAAAGAUAUAUCUCUAUACAGUCUACAAAAUUCAUUUAGUAUCUGGAUUACCUAAUCUGGCAAAGACUGGAGUCAUGACCGUUUUGAUGAAGAAAUGACAGCCUAUUCUUUUCAAAUUAUAUUUUAGUGAAAGAAGUUCACUAGACUCGGAGAAAAAAAAAUCUUGUUAUAAAAGAAUAGGACUUUUUUCUUAUUGCCAAUGUUUGUGAGAUGAGCCUAAAUAGCACUGCCCUUUAGGUAUUGAUCAGG